AUGAAAGGCACUUUAAGAAUUAGAAGAUGAUGUUGGUAGCUUGUAGUUUCCGUGUUCUGUAGCUCUCACUCACUGAUUGUUCCUGGAGACCCUGAAGCUUGAGUGAGAAUUGGUGUCCAGAUUUCCUUGAGAAUCAUCUCAUCAUGUCUAUUAAUAGACCUCAGGAAAAACAGGGUGUUGUCCCCUUCGCUCUUGGAGCUUUCAGCUUGAUCUACUCUUCUUGCAUCGUAGUUCCUAGGUUUUGGUGACAUUUUGUAAAACAUCGGUAGGGUUUUUCCUGUUCCAAUGCUAACUUUGUGACAAUAGUACUGCUACUUCAGAGGGAUCUGAACUUUGAAGAAAUCUACUUAUAUUCUCCAGCUUACAAGAAUUCUGAAGAUAUUUAGGAUAUUCUGAGGUUGACAGGUGUAAUUUAGGAUUCAGGUUUCCUAUUUCGAGAGUUUCAAGAGGUUUGGAGGAUAUUCUGAGGUUGCGGUACAGGAUAGACUUCGUCGCUGGUUUAGGGUGACGAUCAAAUUCAGAAAUGGGGAGCCAGGGGGGUCACGGCUUGCAAGGAAUUAUUUUUCUGUCACUUGGAUUAUGGCAUCUUAUCUUCUUAUUUACAACUUACUUAAGAUCACCACGAGAAUACACAGCACGGGCAUGGUACCCUAUUGGUUUUCUGCCAUUGCGAUUCAAGCACCUGGAACUGCACAUCAUGCUGUUCUUUCUCCCCUUGGCAAUAUUUUACGACCUUGGAAUCUCGACAACCUAUGAACCCAUCGCCAGCGGUACAAUGCCCACUAGCAGCAUCAUGGGAUUUGAGCACGUCACCAUCCUCUUUAUGUUCUGGUUGUUCGCGCUGACAGUGCUCGUGAGCGAAUCCACACCAUUUCUUCCAUUUCCCCCUGAGGGAUCAUUUCUUUUCGCCAGCCUUGCAUUUGGAUUGCAGUGGCUAUCUAUCACUCACAGGGGGAGCGAGAGUACGGACUUUGAAAGGCAAUGUAGUGGCUUACUUGCAUACACCGCUGCUGCAUCCGCUGUCUCCUCAGGUUUGCUGGUGAUUCGACCCAGGGCUUUUCUUGUGAACUUUGUACUAUGUCUCUCUCUUAUUCUACAAGGAACUUGGCAGUUCCAAAUGGCGCUCGUGCUCUACUCUGAGAACUACAUCCCUCUUGGAUGUUCGUACGAUGCAGGAUCGAUGAGCAGGCCCGGCUCUUCAACGUUAGCCUCCACCAAAUGCAGUGAGGAUGCCAACACGCGAGCAUCCGCCCUCAUGAGCUUUGCAUUCAAUUGCCAUGUCAUUGUUGUGGUUUUCCUUUCAGUCCUCACAUUUGCCAUUAUUGCAAAAUUCAAAGGCCACCGCCGCAGCGCAUCAUUUGACUCAAUCGCUGCAGAGUUUGAGGCUGAGGCCGAGCUUGUACAACUGAACCAACACAAGCUAAGCUUCGAGAAGAGGUAGCCCUAUGGUCUCAUGAUCAAGUACCAGUUUACGGUAUCUGAACCUCGGUAAUUCUCCUUUCACGACAAACGAGUCAUAGAACGUCAUAAAAACCUUCACGCCAAAGCCAGUGACAAAACUUUCGUGUGUCUUCGCAGCUGACUAUUAAAACUUCUAUCAAAUUCCAAUGUACAGUUUAGGCCAAGAGCUGCUGUUUAAUAUUUAAAUCUCUCGACGUUGCCUAAA